AUGACCGCUGCCAAGGGUGAUGUCCGCCUUUGCGGGCCACUGGCCUUUUUCGGCCUCGUCGCACUGCUGUCCACCGGUGCUUUGGCUGAUGCUGAAACCAUCUUCGUCCAGAGACAUGUCCAAAUGCUCGGCUUGCGAGAAUGCACUUACGGCCCGUCGUUUUGGUGCAAAAACAUUACUAACGCUGCUGGUUGUAACGCUGUCAAACAUUGCAUUCAAACAACUUGGGUUACACAGACAUAUCCGGAAGAUAAUGAUGAUAUUUGUAUAAUUUGUAAAAAUAUUGUGCAAGAAGCUCGUGACCUACUCACCAGUAAUGUUACAUUGGAAGAAUUUAAAGAAGUCUUCGAUGGAUCUUGUGGAUUAUUGUCAUUAAAAAUAGUUAAAAAGGAGUGUCAGAAAUUAUCGGAUGAUUUUAUACCUGAACUCGUUGACACGUUGGCUUCACAAAUGGACUCAAAUGCUGUUUGCUCAGUUUCUGGUUUGUGCAAUAAUGCACACAUUGAUAAGCUUAUAUUAGAAAAUAAAGAAAAAGCCCAAGAAGCCAUUCAAAUUGAAGAAGAUAGUUCAUUUACUGCUAAAAAAGAGCAAAAUGAACAUAAGCCUACCCUUCUCAUGGUUGAUGAAAAACCUCGUAAAGUUAAAAAUAUUAAUGUCACUAAGAAAUCUGAAGUUAUUGAUGUGUUCUAUAAGGAAAUGCAUUUUGUUGUCAAUGAUGUCAGUAUGCCUACUGAUAAAACUACAUGUUUCUUGUGCCAAUCAAUUUUAAAUUAUGUGCAACAAGUAGUAUCCAAUCCAAAAUCUGAAGCAGAAAUCCGUACAGCAUUGGAAAAGUCAUGCUUCGUUGUGCCAAGGUCAUUUGAACAACAAUGUAAACAGUUUGUCGACCAAUAUGGUGAUGUCUUUAUUUCACUUAUAGCUCAAGAAGUUGAUCCAUCAAGUAUCUGUCCAGAAUUGAAAUUAUGCCCAGUUACAGAUUUGUCUUUAACUUCAAACGAAGAUAGUGAAAGUUCAAAUAAUUGUCCAAUGUGUGUUAUUUUUAUGUCAGCUUUAGAAUCUGAAAUCUCUAAUGAAGAUACAGAAGAAGUGAUUAAAAAAAAAUUGGAAAAGCUAUGUACCAAACUACCGUCAAAAUGGAAAGGAGAAUGCACAGAGUUUGUUUCAACUCAGUUACAGAGUAUACUCGACAUGUUAAUUGCUCAAGUUAAAAUUGAAGAAAUUUGUGUUUUAUUGGACAUUUGCAAACCAAAGACCAUCUCUGAAAGUGCUGAAAAUGAUUUAGAAACAAAUAUGAUUGCUACAGAUGGACAAAUUACUUUAGUGUUUCCGGGGUACAAUAUGGGACAAUUAAUGGCCAAUAAUUACAAAAUGUUGGAAGAGCCAAAAGUUACAAUACCAUUUGAUUGUAUAGUAUGCAAAACUGUAAUGAAAUAUUUGAAUGGUGAAAUCAAAGACAAAUCAAAUCAAGAGGAAAUAGAACACACUUUAGAAUCAACAUGUAGCGCAUUACCAAAUGUAGUAGAAAAUGAAUGUCAAUCUUUUAUUGACUCAAACUAUCAGCAAAUCAUUAAGUGUAUUGCAAUUGAAACCGAUCCGGGUAUUCCAUGUGCCAUGUUAAUGAUGUGUGAUGAUGAUAAAUUUGGAGAUAAACAAACUAUUGGCCUACAUAAAAAGAAUGUACAUUUAACUACUACAGGACUUGCUGAAUUGAAUAGUUCUAAUAGUUGUGCUGCCUGCAAAGCAUUUGCCACAGUAUUUGAAAAUCUUUUUAAAGUGAUAUUCAAUUAG